ACACAUAACUAAUCAACAGCCAUGGGGAUCCUUGUGCUGUUUUGUGUUGUGGGGGCUUUAUUGAGUUGUCCAGCUCAUGCUCUCUGGACAGGAAGGGAGUUUAUCGUAUCAUUUAUGGAGAAUUAUUCACCAGGCUAUGUCAGUCCUAGUUUUCAGUUGUAUAUUACAGCUGUUCAAGCCAACACCAAAGUGACCGUACAGGUGCCUCUCUUGAAGUUCAAAGAGGAAAAAACCCUUAAAGCUGGGGAAAGGGUUACUGUCAGUGUCCCUGCUGGUGUCGAGAUGUACAACAGUGAAAAGUCCUUCAAAACUGUUCAGGUUGAAGCUUCAGCGGAUGUGUCUAUAACCUCCUUUAACACCAAGCUCUUCACAGCUGACACCUCUGUCAUAUAUCCAACUACUGCAUGGGGGAAAGAGUAUUUCAUCGUCACUCCUCCCAGUGGUCCCUAUGGCACUAGCAAAGAGUUUGCUGUGACAAAUGGCAAAGACAAAAACCAGGUGGAGAUAUUCCCUGAAGCAUCAAUCACCUUUCAGGGACGUGUCUUCAACAAAGGCAAUAAGUUGGUUAUAGAUCUUGAGCCAUAUGAGAGUGUUCAGCUUCAGAGCAAAUUUGACCUGUCUGGUAGUCAGGUUUCUUCCCAGCGUCCUGUUGCUGUGUUCUCAGGACACACUUGCUUCCUUCGUUUCUCCAAAUGCAACCAUGUUUAUGAGCAGCUUUUACCAGUGAACAGUUGGGGAACCAGCUUCAUUUUAUCUGCUCUGAGCUUCCAGAAGAACUAUGACUCUGUUUAUCUCCAGGCCUCCCAAACCACCCAAGUCAGCGUUACCGGUGGUAAAGGCAAGACUGCCUUUAGUCUCUCCAGAGGCCAGGUGAAGGAGAUCCAAUUAAUGAACCCUGAAACACUCUUUAUUCAGUCUGAUCAUGGCAUCCAGGUUCUGAUGCUUUUUAACGGCGUUCAUUAUAGUUUGUUCAAAAUAUAUGAUCCGUUUUUUAUGACAAUCCUGCCCACAGACCGCUUCUGCUCUUCUUAUUCAUUAGAAGCUCUUGACAGUUUUGACAACAAAGCCCUUAUUGUGGCAAAAACCAGUGCCACAGCCAGUCUUCAAUUGGACAACAAAAAUCUACCACAAGACGUACAAUGGAAAAAGGUUGCUGGGACAGACUUUUCAUGGGCAGAGAUGUCCUACAAACAAAUCUCUGGCAACAGUAUCCAGACUGUGUCCAGCUCUGGUUCUAGCUUUGGGCUCUACAGCAUUGGAGUCAGUCAAAUGAAUGGUUAUGGUUCUGUAGGACACUGUAUAGAGGAAGGGAAUUCAGGGUCUUUAUCAUGCAGUAGCAUUACUUGCAGUCCCAAUGAGGUCUGUGAAAUGAGUGGUGGGUUUCCAUCCUGUGUGGCCAAUUCAGUGAAACCACAGCUCGGUACCUGCUGGGCCAUGGGAGAUCCUCAUUAUCGUACCUUUGAUGGACGACGUUUUGACUUCAUGGGUACCUGCACAUAUGUUAUUGCUAAAAACUGUGAAAGUAACAGCAAACUCCCAACCUUUGAAGUCCUUGCCCAGAAUGAGAACAGAGGAAGCCACAAAGUGUCAUACACUGGUCUGGUCAUUGUUAAAGUCUAUGAUAUCACUGUCGCAGUGGUUCGGUCUGAAAACGGUCGUGUAAGGAUUAACGACAGUUUGUGGUCCUUACCUAUAGUCUUGAGCAACGGCAAACUGAAUCUGUUUCAAAGUGGCCGCUCUGCAGUUAUAGAGACUGACUUUGGCCUUUCUGUCCGUUAUGACUGGGAUCAUAAUCUUGUGGUCAAUCUGUCCAGCAGCUUUACUGGUAAAACCUGUGGACUCUGUGGUAAUUUUAACGGCAACCCCGCUGAUGAUUUCUCCACACCCUCUGGCACCCAGGCAGGUGGGGUUGUGGCCUUUGGGAGCAGCUGGAAGGUUCCCGGAUUGGAGCCUGAUCCUAAGUGCAUAGAUGAUUGCGUAGGUGGAUGUGGCACCUGUAGCAGUUCCUUGAUGAAUAAGUAUGGGAGUAACUUGUAUUGUGGACUCAUUGAAAAACAAAAUGGUCCAUUUAGCAAGUGUCAUCCAGUCAUAGACCCACAAGCUUACCUGGAAAACUGUAAAUUUGAUUUAUGCAUGGGAGGUGGUCUUCUUCAAUUCUUUUGCAAAGCUCUUGAGGCCUACACCGAAGCCUGUCAGGAUGCUGGAAUCCAGGUUCAAGAUUGGAGGAAGAUGGCAAAAUGCCCUGCCAAAUGUCCAGCAAACAGUCACUAUGAGUUCUGUGGAAACGCCUGUCCAGCUACUUGUUCUGACCCAACUGCACCCUCUAAAUGCAAACGCCCUUGUGUGCAGACUUGCACCUGUAAUGAUGGCUUUGUUCUAAGUGGAGACAAGUGUGUGCCUGCUGCAAAGUGUGGCUGCACCUAUGAGGGUCACUACAUUCCUGCUGGGGAAGAAUUCUGGGCUGACCAGAAAUGCAAGCGAUGGUGUAAAUGUGUUCCUGGAAGCAGGCGUGUAGAGUGCCAGGAUAAGGGCUGUGGACCAGGGCAGCAAUGCAAAUUGGUGAACGGGAUAAGAAGAUGUCACGCAUUGUCCCAGAGUACCUGCCAUGCCACUGGUGAUCCCCAUUAUUUGACCUUUGAUAAUGAGCGGUUUGAUUUUCAGGGCACAUGUGUGUACCAACUUGCUGCACUGUGCUCAAAAGACCCAGAGUUGGUUCCCUUUGAAGUGCUGGUGCAAAAUGAACACAGAGGCAGUAAGGUGGUUUCCUAUACUAAGUUAGUACAAAUCAAUGUCUACUCUACCAGCAUUGUCAUAACAAAUACACACAAAGACUUGAUUUUGGUAAAUAACGAGCUAGUUAACCUUCCCAUUGACCUCAAAGAUGGGCAGAUAUCUGUGCAUAAAAGUGGAUGGAAUGCUGUUGUCACCACUGAUUUUGGCCUAAAAGUCUCUUUUGACUGGCACAGUGCUGCAUUUGUUACGUUGCCGAGCAACUACAUGGGGGCUGUGUGUGGUCUUUGUGGCAACUACAAUGGCAAACCCCAAGAUGAUCUCAUCCCUAAGGAUGGAAAAAAUCCUGUCAAGCCAGCAGAAUUUGGUUCAAGCUGGAGAGUGGCCGAAAUCCCAGGCUGUGUGCAAGGCUGUAAAGGGGUAUGUCCCACUUGUGACAUUGCAGCCAAGAUUCUGUAUGAGAAGAACGAUUUUUGUGGGAUAAUCAGAGACCCUAAAGGGCCAUUCCGAGAGUGUCAUGCGAAGGUGGAUCCAGCUGAGUACUUUGAGGACUGUGUCUAUGAUGUGUGCCUGUAUAAAGGCAGGAAGGAUAUACUCUGUCAGGCUAUUACAUCAUACACAUCUGCCUGCCAAAAAGUAGGGGCUAAGGUUCACAGCUGGAGGACCACUCAGUUCUGUGCUGUGCAAUGUCCCAGUAACAGCCACUAUGAAAUCUGUGCAACUGCAUGUCCUGCAACGUGUGGCAGUCUUGCCCCUCCUCAGGGCUGUGAGGAUGUCUGUCAAGAAGGUUGUGCCUGUGAUGAAGAUUACAUCCUCAGUGGAAAUCUCUGUGUCCCCUUCUCACAGUGUGGAUGCGUCCACAACAACCGGUACUACAAAGUAGGCGAGGUGUUUUACCAAAAUGGACAGUGUCAGCUCGAGUGCAAAUGCACACAAGAUGGAGAGGUUGAGUGCAAAAACAUCUCAUGUGGCCCUAAUGAGAAGUGUAACAUAGAGAAUGGAGUUCAUAAAUGUCACCCAGUUGGCAAGGGUGUUUGCCGAGCUUCUGGUGAUCCCCACUACCUUUCAUUUGAUGGGAGGAAAUUUGAUUUCCAAGGCACCUGCACGUAUACUCUGUCUAAAAGUUGUGGCGUGGAGGGGACCCUCCUCAAGGCCUUUUCAGUUCAGGUGGAGAAUGUGCAGUGGGACCAAAUGAGGGGAAAGAAAAAAGUUUCUGUCACCAGGCUGGUUGCAAUGGAGGUCUAUGGAUUCACUCUCAUAAUGAGAAACAAAAUGCUGGGAGUAUUGAUAAAUGGAGAGUUUAACAACCUUCCUGUCAAUCUUAACAAUGGAGCAGUUAAGGUUUAUCAGGAGGGCAGAAAUUAUGUCAUUGCAACAGAUUUUGAACUGGUGGUCACAUAUGAUCUGGUCUACCAUGUGACAGUGACAGUACCGGGUAAUUACCGUAAUAAAGUCUGCGGGCUAUGCGGCAACUUCAACGGAGACAAAAACGAUGACUUCCAGAUGUCCAACCAUCAAGUCACCAAUGACGUCAACAUGUUUGGAACAUCAUGGAAAAUCGCUAUUCCCAAUGUAGUGUGUGAAAAUGGCUGUGAGGGGGAUAAAUGCCCAAACUGUGAUGCAGCUCUCAAAGCUGUGUUUUCAAAGCCCGCUUACUGUGGUAUCAUUGCAGCAGCCAAUGGACCUUUUGUAGCCUGCCACAGUAAAAUUGACCCACAGCUGUACUUUGAUGACUGUGUGUUUGAUUUGUGUGCCUCCAACGGAGAAGGAAAUGUGCUUUGUGACAGCGUAGCAGCCUAUGCUUAUAACUGUCACUUGGCAGGAGUGGAUGUCAAAGAGUGGAGAACUCCAUCCUUCUGCCCCAUGAAAUGCUUUUCCAACAGUCACUAUGAAAUGUGUGCUGAGAGCUGCUCUGCUUCCUGUCCUGGCCUCACGGAAAUUGUUGAGUGCCCCACUGGUUGUACAGAAGGCUGUGAAUGUGACACUGGCUUCCUCUUCAACGGACAGACGUGUGUCAACGAAACUGAAUGUGGCUGCUAUGAAAACGGAAAAACAUACAAACCUGGUGAAAUCAGAUAUGAAGAGGACUGUAACACAAAGUGCACCUGUAAUCCAGCAAAAGGCCUUGUCUGUGAAAAAUAUUCAUGUCCUAAAGACACUAAAUGCAUGGUCAAGAACGGAAUUCGGGCAUGCCACAACACAAAUCCCUGCAAAGAUGCUAAUUGCCGUGUCCAAGAAGAAUGUCGUGUUGAGAAGGGCGAGGCUCUGUGUGUCCCCAAGUUCACUGGCACCUGCUGGGCCUGGGGUGACCCACACUACCACACUUUUGAUGGGUACAACUUUGACUUCCAAGGAACCUGCAAAUAUGUUAUCUCCAAAACCUGUGGGGCUCUAGAUGGUCUUGUUCCAUUCUCUGUAAACGAAAGGAACGACAACCGAGGCAACACAGCAGUUUCUUAUGUCAGGGAGGUUGAUGUGCUUGUGUACGGACAUACCAUAACAAUUCGAAAAAACCAAGUUGGUCAAAUUACGGUGGAUGGUGAGCUGGUGAAUCUUCCUGUUCACCUGGGUGAUGGAGAAGUGACAGUGUUUCAGAGAGGGAAUACUGCUGAGCUACAGACAGAUUUUGGUCUAGUUGUCACCUAUGACUGGAACUGGUACGUCGUCAUCAAGCUUCCCAGCAGCUAUUAUGGCAGAGUCUGUGGCCUGUGUGGCAACUUCAAUGGCAACAGUGGAGAUGAGCUCCAGAACCCUACUGGCCAAGCUGUCUCUUCAGUGAUUGAGUGGGGAAAGAGUUGGCAAACACCUGAUCAAGACAAGGAUAAUCCCUGCUGGGAUACAUGUGAGAAAAACUGCCCUACCUGUGACGAUAACGACAAGAAACUCUACCAAACUCAGGCUUUCUGUGGGGCCCUAACAGCAAAGACAAAUAAUGUGUUCCAGAAAUGUAAUGGGAAAUUAGACCCUCAGGCCUUCAUGAACAGCUGUGUGUAUGACAUGUGUUUAAAUAAAGGAGACAAAAAGAUGCUGUGCCAGGCACUAGACUCCUAUAAUCAACAGUGUCGAGAAGAUGGAAUAAUAAUCAAGAACUGGAGACAGACGUUUGGCUGUCCCAUGAACUGUCAAAGGUACAGCCACUAUGAAGAAUGUGCCAGCCCCUGUCAGCCGUCCUGCCCGUUCCCUGAGGAAAAGCAGAUGUGCAGUGGCACGUGUGUGGAGGCCUGUGUGUGUGACACGGGUUAUGUUCUCAGCGCUGGUGUGUGUGUACCUGCUAAAACAUGCGGAUGCUCAUAUCAGGGACGCUAUUUCAAGCCAGGCCAGCAGUUCUGGGCUGAUGAGACUUGUGGUCGCCUGUGUACGUGUGACACAACUCUGGGCAUGGUAACGUGCCGUGAUGCCUCCUGCUCUUCCAAUGAGAAAUGCACCGUAAUUGAUGGAGAGCGUGCCUGCAGGCCCAUUAGCUACGGCCUGUGUACAGCCUCAGGUGACCCGCACUAUCGUACCUUUGAUGGGCGCAAGUAUGACUUCCAGGGCACAUGCGAGUAUCAGCUGGCUGGACUGUGCUCCCAGAACGCUGGGCUGGUGCCCUUUAAUGUGACUGUGCAGAAUGACAACCGGGGAAGCAAGGCAGUGUCCUACACCAAGACUGUCAAGAUUUCCAUUCAUGGCACCACUCUCAUCAUCAGCAAAGAGUACCCCUACAAGGUCUUGCUGAAUGGGCAGCUUGCUUUGCUGCCUCUGGAUUACAAUAAUGAGCUGACUGUGUUUCAAAGUGGCCGUACAGCUGUAUUGGAGACAGUGGCUGGUAUCACCGUGAGCUUUGACUGGAAAAGCACAGUGACCAUCUCUCUGCCCAGCACCUACCAGGGCAUGGUUUGCGGUCUGUGUGGCAACUAUAACGGCAAAGCUCCGGAUGACCUGGCCAUGCCUAAUGGACAGACCGCCCCCGAUGGGACCAGGCUGGGGGAGAGCUGGCAGGUGGGCCUCACACCUGGCUGCUCAUCUGUCUGCCAAGGGCCUUGGUGCCAGGCCUGUUCAGACUCGCAGAAGAAAGUCUAUCAAGCUACCAAGUACUGUGGCAUUAUUGCUGAUAAGGCAGGGCCCUUCAGAGAGUGUCACAGUCAUGUGGACCCCACUCCUUACAUGGAGGACUGUGUUUAUGAUGUUUGUCAGUACCAUGGUCAUCAAGGCUCCGUUUGUGAUGCAGUGGAAGUGUAUGUGUCUGAAUGUCAGAGCAGAGGAAUCACAAUCUACUCCUGGAGAACAAAUGUGUUCUGCCCAAUGAAGUGCCCUGCUAACAGCCACUACACCCUAUGUGCCGCGGGUUGCCCAACCACCUGUGCUAGCUUAACCUCUUUCGCCACCUGCCACAGGCGCUGUGCAGAAGCCUGUGAGUGUGACCAAGGCUAUCUGCUAAGCGGGGAAACUUGUGUGCCAGUGAGAGAGUGUGGAUGCUCUUCUAAUGGUCAGUACUACAAGAAAGGGGAAGUGUUUUACCCUGAAGACAAGUGCAUGGCGAAAUGCACCUGCGGAGAGAAUGGGGCUGUAACCUGCCAAGAGGAGAAGUGCCGUAAAGGAGAAGUCUGUAAGCUCCUAAAUGGUGUGAAAGGAUGCCAUCCCGAGGGUGAAGCAAAGUGUGUGGCUUCCGGUGACCCUCAUUACACUUCCUUUGAUGGUCGGAGGUUUGACUUCCAGGGUACCUGCAUCUAUGUGCUGGCGAAAGUUUGCGAUGAUGACAAAGGUCAGCUCACACCAUUUACUGUUACCCAGGGCAACGAGAAGUAUGGCAAUGGAAAAGUGGCUGUAACCAAUUCAGUUGCAGUGACAGUCUAUGGUUAUGUGAUAUACAUUCAACAGCGCCUGCCAUGGAAAGUCAUUGUGAAUGAUGAAUUGCUCAACCUGCCUCUUUCACUGGAAGAAGGGAGUCUGACGGUCACUCAAGAAGGUCGCAAUAUAGUAAUCCGAACAGCGUUUGGGCUCAAAGUCCUCUACGACACUGUGUACUAUGUUGAGGUGGUCGUUCCUUCUACAUACCAAGAUAGGAUGUGUGGUCUAUGCGGCAACUACAACAACAAAGGGGGUGAUGAUUUUAUGCUUCCUGGUGGGAAACUAAUUAAUGAUGUCACUGACUUUGGGAAGGCGUGGGUGGUGGACCUUCCUGGAUACGUGUGCGGUGGCUGUGGAGGCCAAUGUCCUUCAUGUGAUCCAGCGAAGGCAGCUUUGUAUGGAAAACCAGACUCCUGUGGCAUAAUCAGUGCGCCUAACGGGCCUUUCAAAGCCUGCCACAGUAAAGUUGAUCCUGCCUCAUAUGUGUCUAAUUGUGUGUUCGAUGUCUGUGCAACUGAUGGCAACAAGGAUACGUUGUGCGACGGCAUACAGGCCUAUGCACUGGCCUGCCAGGGUGCAGGAAUUCAAAUCCAGCCAUGGAGAAGCACCUCCUUCUGCCCUCUUUCCUGCCCUCCACACAGUCACUAUGAAGUGUGUGCGGACACCUGCAAAGGGACAUGCGCCAGCUUCCUUCAACAAGUCACUUGCUCUGAAAGCUGUUUUGAAGGAUGCCAGUGUGAUGCAGGCUUUGUUUCUGAUGGCAUUCAAUGUGUUCCACUUGACAACUGUGGGUGUGUGCACAACAACAAAUACCUGACGGUGGGUCAAACUGUAGUGGACCUAAACUGCAGCUCCAAAUGUGAGUGCCAGGCCUCUGGGCUGGUAACAUGUGAAAAGCUGCUCUGUACCAAUGGAGAGGUCUGUGACGUGAGAGAUGGGGUCAGAGGUUGUCAUGUCAUACAGGGCCAAUGCAAUAUCAGUCCAGCUGGCGAGCUGUCAUCCUUUGAUGGCAUGUCUGGAAAAAUAGGAGCACAAGGGGCUUUUGACUUGGCAUCUCUUUGUAAUCAGAACAGUAAUCAAUGGUUCCGUGUGGUUGUGGAUGUGAGGCUUUGCGGAAAGAACGCGCCUCUCGCUGUUGCCACUUUGUAUGUGUUCUUUAAGGACACUACUGUGGUAGUAAACAGUGAGCAUGUAACCUGGAUAAAUGGCCGAAAGGUGUCCCUGCCCAGCAAAGUGACAAAUGAGUUAUCAGUCCAAAUCUCAAACAGGAGUGUGGUUAUUAAGAGGCCCUCAGGUGUGGAGGUUAUAUAUUCUGUGUCACAGAAGGUCACUGUCACUGUUGAUGGUAACCUAUCUGGUGAAAUUUGCGGUGCCUGCGGCAACUACAACAAUAACUCCAAAGAUGACAUGAAGACAGCAGAUGGGAAAAUUACAAGUGAUUUCUCAGCUGUGAUUGGGUCUUGGAGCGCUGAAGACUUCUCUAGGUGUGGCCUGUAGAGAAGCUGCGUCUGUCGAUAGAGGCCACUGGUACACAGGAAGAAGAGAGGUUUCUUUGUUUGCAGCCUUGAUUGCCAUACUUCGCCGCUUCCUCCUGAUUGUCAUUGCAGUUUUUGUGGUUUCCUGGGGAUUUGGUUCUCUAUUGUUCUCUUUGCUGUUAUUGAACCAAAUGGCUUACUCUUGUGCAACAUCGCCAUCUAGUGGAAGAAAAAAAAAAGAAAUACUAUGCUUGAUUUGAUACUUUCCCAAUCUUUUGCAAAUGUGUAAUCCUACCGGAAAACUGAAUAAAUAUAUACCUGAUUACA